AUGCAGGCGUGCACGCAGUGCCCGGAAAAGGACCGUGCCCGGAAGAGGAGGGCCCUAGAUCGAGAGAGGCUUUGGAGAGCUCGCAAGGAGACAUGGGAGGAGAACCUGGCCCUCAGGAGGCAGCUGGCAGACGUCCAUCAUCAGCUGCGGAAUCUGAAGGAGAACUAUACGGAGGAGCUCUCUUUCUGGAGGAGGCGGGCGCUGGAGCUGCAGCUGGAACUCACGGCGGUUUCCCCGGCCGGCGCGAAGUCCAACGGAGACGCGCUGCUUAUGUCCGCUUCGCAGGAGGACUCGCAACGGCAGGCCAAGCAGGUUGCCAAGCAGCUGGAGGAGAUCGAGAGUAAGACCGCCUUCACCAAGGCCAGCAAAGAGGAGGCGGAAGCGAGACUGGCGCAGAGCGAGCUGCUGUCGGAGCAACUGAAGGACCAAGCCUCUCAACAGGCCGUGGAGCUCCUGACGCGGGAAGGCCUGGGGCCGGCGGAGACCUUCGCGCGCUCCCUUGGUGAGGUGGAAGCUCCCACGCUCCGCUGGGCCCAGCAUCAGAUCGAGAUGCGCUGGCGGCAGCUGGUGCCGUCCUGA